GAGAGAAAUGUUCAAAAAGACCAUGUUCCCAGAUAAGAUCACCAUACAGGACCUGGCUUCAGUGCUCCACCUCAACCAGUCAGUAAUAAAGACUUGGUUCAAGAACCAGCGCGUCAGAUGGAAGAAACAGCAGCAACAAACUCAGCCAAGUUUCUCGCCAGGAAUAUCAAACCAGACCUUUUCAGUGAAGGAGGAAGAGACCCCCUUACCCAUCACUUCUGCAAACACUUGUCCAAUGAGUCCUGAAAUUUUGAAUGACUGUGACCAUGAUUCAUGUGAGCCUUCUGAUAUCAGGCAACGUGGAGAGGCUGAUGCCUCUGUGUGUAAUUCAUCAUGGGAUUCUCAGCCUUAUGAUAUCGAGCAGAUAUGCCUGGAAGCUUCUGAUCCCCCUUGGGCCACCAUCCCCUACGAAAUAGACCUAUUUGUGCAACUCUAUGCAUUACCUUGGGAAGAUGAUCCCAGCAGCCUGGAUCAGUAUCUCCGUCCAGGGUGCCUUGAUUGAGGGAUAUGGCUGGCACUAAUCUUCAGUGUGACUUCUGACACACCCACAGUUCCUGAGAAAGAACCGUGGAUCAAAAUCCUGACUGACCAAAAGACAGUUCCAAACACCUUUGAUUGGUCAGUUCCAUUGUAAACAGAUCAGAGCCCAGGGAUUUAUUUUUUCUAUACAAAAAGAAAAGAAAAGGUA